AUGAUGAUCUUGCUGAUCGGUCGAAUCCGACGGGUGUUCAUGAUGUCGAGCCGAUCGGCAAAGCUGGUCAGAGCACUCGAACAAUCCUCGGGCAAGGGAGGCAGACAGGCCCAACCUGGGUUGAAGUGCUCAGGAAACACUCCCCCAAUCUGGCAAGCGCGUCAAUCCCAACACACGCAUCCAAACGAUUCCAAGCUCGCGUCUAGUCCCCCGGGCUGGUUUAGCAACCGACACCGAAAACGAGUCGAUGGAUGGCAGCCAAAUUAA